AUGAAAACCUUUUCUCCGGACGAAAUCGUUGAUAAGACUUGCGAGGAGAUUGCCUUCUUAGGUGGAAUAAAGCAAGCUGAAUUAUGGCAGGCUGUUUCUCUCUUCACCGAAAACUUGGAUAAUAGUUUAAAAAGCUUUCUUUUUUCUUCUUUGGCAGAAUAUCACGAUAUUGUUAUAACGGUGGGAGGUAAGGAAUUGCGAGAUCAAACACUGGAGGGUGUAGUCGCCUCUGGAAUGGUGGUUGAAAUCUCACUAACAGAGGAUAAGCUAUGGCAAAUUUUAACUGGGUAUAAAAAGAAGGAAUCGGCUAUUGGCGGUUUAACGUUCGACUUGCUGUUGCAGGUUGCAAAAGCUAAGGAAAAAGGAAUUAAUACCAUGGAGCUAGCGAAGGCCACAGGGCAGGACCCAAGAAGCAUCACUGGCCGAGUCAAGAAAUUGGGGCACUUGGUGGAUGGAAUUCAAGUUAUUAGUAAAGGUCAUGUUGUGAAGCACCUCAAGUUUCACAAGUUUAUCGACAGAAGUGAUCAAACACGGAAUUAUAUCAAUAUGCGUGAUCACUUGUCUAAAAUCGUUGAUGUCGUAAAGAAUUCCAAGAAUGGCGUUCGACAGCUAAUAGAUCUGAGGAGGGAAUUGAAAUUCGAUAAGGAUAAAAGACUCUCGAAAUCAUUCAUCGCUGCCAUCGCGUGGCUUGAUGAGAAGGAGUAUCUGAAAAAGGUCUUAGUUGUCUCUCCCGCGACCCCAACUUUAAGAAUUCGCUGUGUUAAGUACUUACGCGACUUUGUUGCUGAAGAAAAGGUGACUAAUGACUUCGAGGACUCCUCAGAUGAAGAAGAUGACGAAGAAGAGGAAAGUGGUGAUAAAACGAUUCAGGAGGAAGAGGAUGCUGCUGUAGAAGGAUUUGCGAAUUUCAAUGCCACUCAACUGUUGCAGAGCAACGACCUGAUUGUUCAGGACGAGAUGCAGUCAGAGAGGAACCGAUUUUCGCUUAACAGAUUUUAUCCAAUCCAAUGUCAAACAUAUUCUCUUGUUGACAAAUUCAAAGCCAAAGGAAUUUCUACAAUGGAAACAGUUAACACUAUAACAGGCAAAGAUUAUAGGAGAGCUUUUGCUAAAUGCGGCGAAUAUUUCAUAGAAAACAUCGGCAAAAAAGGCUCUCUUGAUGGGUUUGGCUUGAUAAGGGUCUAUGAUUUUGAAGGCAAAAGGAAGUUCUAUCGUCUGUUUACUAAGGAUCAUUUUAAAUUUCUGUCAGGAAUGGGGAAUGAUAGGUCUGGUAUGGAAUUUUUACCUGUUGUUCCUCAACAGAAGAACCUUCACCAAUUGAAUAGAGAGUUUUUUGUUCCGCUCAACAACACCUUACGAUUCAUAGAGAGAGAUGGACAACAAAAUUUCUUCUGGAAUGGGGAACUUAAAGUCAUGGCUAAUCCCUAUGCUGCUCCGCGAGGUAGAAAGAGAAAGGGAGUCGUCGAAGAAAAUGAAGCUGAAACGAAAGUAGCAAAGAGUGACAUCGGUGGGCUAACACAUGAAAAAGCAAGCUCCAGGGUAGAUGAGAGAGGGGAUCAGCACAUAGACUUUGCUGUAUCGGUGACGACACAUGAUGGAUCUGAUGGUAAAUUAUUGAGCAUAGGUGGCUUAUUUGGGAAUUCUUUGAAAUCAUUGGAGCGACAGAGUGCCUUACUAGAGGUUGUUAGACUGGAAGGGGGUGCAACAGUGUUUAAGGAUCAACUCUUUGACCGAGUGACGAGACUCAUGGGGUCUAGGACCCAACUCGACAAAAAGACGAUACGGGGCGAUGUCGACAACUUACUAGCAUCUGGAAAACUUCUCAUUCACGUCGAACCUAAUACCGGCAGACGAGUUCUUUGUUUGCCAGGUAAGGACCACAAGGAAGCUUGCGAUAAACUUUUGAAGGAAAAGGAUAAUAAACCUACUUAUUUCAAAGACGUUCUUCAAAAUACGGAUAUUUACUUCUUCGAUGAGAGGGAGCGUGAUAGAUUUCAAAGUGGUCCAAAAUCUGCUGAACGUGUUAGAAAUUUCGAGAAGAAAGACCGCUCUAAAAGAACCGCAGGUCAAAAGGGUAGUCGUACUGCCAAAAGAGUAACAGUUGAGCAACCGCGCCCUGGUGGAAGGAUAAAGGAAGGAAUCGAAAAUAAGGAAACAAAUUUGGUCAAGCCUUAUGAUCUGCCUUUGGCGGCCACACCCGAAUACUUCACUUUAGGCAGCAAUCAUGGUGCCAAAGCUUUGGUGACUGCUGUUGUGAUAACGAAAAGUAUCAAGGGACAGAUUGCAUGGGAGCAAAUUAGCGAUUUAUUCCCUAAAAACUCCUUGGAGAGUCUAAAGAAGCAGUGGAUGCUUCGUAGAAUUAAGAUAGGACACAGUGGCUGGCGAGCGCUACUGGAUAAAUGGAAGAAUAUUGUCGUUUCGGCAAUGAAAAAUGGAAAGAUUGAUCUUCAAGAUGUCGAGAAUUUGGAUCUUCCUCAAUUAGUCAAACUUUGGAUGAGGGAGGAAAAGGAUGAAAAACAAUCUCCGCUCAAACUUUAUCAUCAUCUUGAGGAAAACUUCAAAAAUCACGCCUUGAUCAAGCAACCGAUGCUUUGGCAUCCACCUUCAGGCGCUGAGAUGUCAUCUAUGGUUCAGAGAGAGGGACGCUUGCUUCGGAAGGUUUACGUCUGUAGGCGUGAAGGAGAGUCCGAUUCUGGCGAUACCAAAGAAGACAAGAUAAGAUCUAUUAUAAGGUCGCUACUUAUCAGCAAAUCCGACGUGGAUGCCGAUGAAAUUAGCGCUUUAAAAUCAUUCGCAAAGGAUGACAUCGAUAAGGUAACACUCGACAUGGCUCGGGAUCGGCAAAUUAUUUUUACGGGAACUUCGAAGCUUCAAUUAUCUGAGCAUGUCUCAGACUAUCUCAAAAAAAUCGGCAAUUUCAAAAAGUUUGAAGCGGCUGCAAGGUUUCAGAGCACAAUCUUCCCAUGGUUGGAAAACCGUAAAGGGCUGAUUUUGCAGGACGAACCUGGCGAUCACAAGGCGAUUGUUUUAGUGAACGCUUUAGCGGCAGGUUAUGUGAAAAUGAAAGCUGUUCCCGACACCACCUCCGAAACCCCAAUGCACUACAGUACCAGGAGAUGUGAUAUGGACUCCCUGAUACCGCCGUUAGUUAUAGUAUCGGGCGGAGCUUCGUGGAAAGAGUCAGAACGUAUAUGUCCCAUACCUUUGAGCGACCCAUGCUGCAGCUUGUGGAUUGAUCUGGAGGGAAAUGUGAGGAUUGAAGUCUGGAAACAACUUCUCUGCAUGAUUAUAAACGAGAUUGCCUUCAAUCCGGGCAUUUCAAAAGAAUGCCUGGCUGCGAGAUUUUACAAAAUCGUUUCACUCGAUGAGUUGACAAAGCUUCUUGGAUGGUGCAAAGCAAUGAAAGCGGUCGAAAGGGGAGAUUUCGGCGGAUAUUUCGUGAAUUUCUUCUGGUAUAAAGUGUUUAUGUAG